AUGACAUCGAGACCGGAUCUGGCUGCAGCGGCGAACUAUUUCAGCCAGUUCCAAACCUGUUUCAACGAAGAACACUGGACUCAUUUACGAAGAGUGUUAAGGUACAUAAAGGGAACUUUAAAUGUUGGACUGGUGUAUCGAGCGGAUAACGAAGGACAGUUGCUGGAAGUUUUCUCCGACGCGGACUGGGGAAACGAUAUUACGGAUCGUUGCUCUAUUUCCGGGGCGGUAUUCAAAGUGUUUGGUGCAACUGUAAGUUGGUUCGCGAGGAAGCAACACACGGUAUCGCUUUCGUCUACGGAGGCGGAACUAGUCGCUUUAUGUGCCGCAGCGUGCCAUAGCCAAUGGUUGGUACGAGUGCUGAAAGAACUUGGAUGGAACUCGAACAAUCCAGUGCUGUUUUGGGAGGAUAACCAAUCUACAAUGAAGAUAGUGUCGAAUCCCAAGGACACUGGAAGACUUAAACACAUCGACGUUAAGUACUUUUUCGUUCGGGAUCUCGUACAGAAUGGAAAGAUCAAGAUUGAAUAUGUGCCAUCAGCGGAACAGCAGGCAGACAUGCUAACCAACAAUCCCUGCUAUCUGUACAUCCACAUCGACGUAACGCCUCGUUACCUUUUUGACAAUCUGUCAUUCUACUACUACUACUCUGUAUAUCUUUGCUGA